GAUGCGCGCGUCAUGCUGACCCCAGCGCUGACCCAUGGAGCUGGGCGGCGACCUUCCGACGACUCGCGCGCUUGCAUCCUUCAUGAUCGAGUUUGUAAAGAAGUAUUUGUUACUGUGAUUUGUAAUAAGCAGUUGGUAGUGUGUAAAAUACGCACCGUCGGGGAAACUCUUACGCGCGGAGCACUUCGGCGACUUGCGGACGAGGAGUAAAAACAAAUCUUCCGUGGGAUGGAGGUCACCUGGGCCUGAACAAAGCCUUGCACGCACGGACCAUGGAAGGAACGGGCUCCAGCGCACCUAAAAGCGACGGCACCUCAAUGCCGAAACUGCCGAAUCGACCAGCAGCGGCGAAACCGGCCGCCACGGCGUCGGGCGCCUCCGUCGACGCACCUGGCGUGGCGUCAGCGCCGACGUCUGCUCCCGCCUCUUCGACCGGGCCCAGCGGUACCAAUGGCGGUGCGAAGGAGCCUGCUAGCAGCAGCAACAGCGGCGGUGGCAAUGCGGGGCCGAAGCUACCCGCCCGGCCAUCCGCAGGGCCGUCGCUGCCGCCCCGCGGCGGCGCGCGUGCAGCGGGCGGCGCCGCAGCCCCCGGACCCAGCACCAGCACCGGCGCAACUCACUCUGCCUCUGCUUCAGCACCAGCAGGCGCCUCGGCGGCAAGUGCCGGCGGCGCCAACGGCUCGAGCUCGGCCGCAGGCAGCAGCGGCGGAGGCAGCGGCGGAGCCGUGGCCGCGGGCGGGCGGCGGGCGCCGUCAGGCGGGUUGGGUGCGCUGCCGCCGCGCGGGGGCCUGCUGCCGCUGCCGGCCCAAGGGCCCGUGUUGGACCCGGAUGAGCCGGAGUCCAUUGCGGAGGUGCGGCGCUCCAUCCAUGCGGUGCGAGUGCAGAUGAUCUCGGCCGCACUGCGGCUGGGCUAUGACCACGAGAACGCGCUGGUCAAGCAGGUGCUGUACCGGCUGGCCCUGGCGGAGCGGCUCAAGGCGCCCUGGCGGCGGCCCGGCAAGCGGCCCGACCCCGUGACGGCGGCGGCGCGGGAGGCGGCGCGCCUGCAGCAGCAGCAGGACGGCCCGGCGGCGGUGGCGGCGGCGGCUGGGGGGCCGAAGGCGGCGGCGGCGCCAGCGGCGGUUUCGGGCCCAGCGGGCCUGGGUUUCACUGUGAAGAUCAUGCUGAUUGGCGUGCAGGGCUCCGGCAAGACGCAGCUGGCGCACGCGCUGCUGGGCGCGGGCGACGGCGCCGCCACCGCGCCGCCCGCCGCCUCCACCUCCGCCUCCGCGCCGCCGCAGCCCGCCUUCCCGGCCGUGCACCCCUUCCAGGGCGCCACCAAGGGGGUCAGUGUGCUGCGCGGCAGCGCCCACGGCAUCGGGCUGGUGUUCGUGGACACGCCCGGGCUCAGCCUGGCGCCCGGCGGCGCGGCACGCAACUCGCAGGUGCUGCAGCAGAUCCGCAGGGCCUACCACUGCCACAAGCCAGACCUGCUGGUGUAUGUGGACCGGCUGGACGCGGCGGCGGGCGGCGGCGGCGGCGGCAGCGCCGGCGGCGGCGCGGGUGCCGAGCUGGCGGUGAUGCAGAGCCUGACGGCGGCGCUGGGUCCGGGGCUGUGGCUCAACACCAUCCUGGCCUUCACACACGCAGGCGCGGCGCCUCCCUCCAGCGGCGGCCGCGGGCGGCCCGCCGGCGCCCCCGCGCUGACGUUUGAGAACUGGCUGGAGCUGCGCAGCCACGGCCUGCAGCAGGUCAUUCGCCAGGCCUCGGGCGACGAGCGGCUGAUGAACCCGGUGGCCUUUGCGGAGUCGCACCCCGCCUGCCCGCUCAACGCCGCCGGGCAGCCGGUCAUCUACAACGGCAUGCCCUGGCGCCAGCACCUCAUGCUCAUGGUCACCAGCGCCAAACUGCUGGCGGACACAGAGGCGCUGCUGCAGAUGCAAGGCGGCGGCGCGGGCGGCGGCGCGGGUGCGGGCGCCGCCGCCGCCGCGGGCGGCGCGGGCAGUGCGGCGGCGCUGCGGCAGAUGAUGGGCGGCGGGCGGCAGGUGCCCAUGCCCUACCUCAUGCAGCAGAUCACGCAAAUGAGCCGGCCCCUCAAGUUCCCGGACCACGGCAACGUGAUGGACGUGCGGCGGGCGCGGUACGACACACGCCGGCUGCGGCAGGAGCGGCAGAGGCGCGAGGCGGGGCGGCAGGUGGCUCUGCGGGUGCUGGCGCUGCGCCAGGCGGCUCGCAAGCAGCGCUCACUGGCCGACGCCUACCGCACCGGCACACAGGCGGGAUGCAAGGUGACGCCCGAGCCGCCGCGGGUGGCCACCCGCUGCCGGCCCUCGGCGAUGCCCGCAGAGGGCCACCGCUACCGCAACCCCGAGGCUCAGGGCGGCUGGGUGGUGCGGCCACACAUGGAGACACACUGCGCCGACGUCAGCGACGGAGUGGAGGGCUUCAUCCUGAACAAGGUGGCGGUGGCGGCAGUGGGCGGGGCGGGCGAGGGCGACGGCCUGGGCGGCCGCGGAGUGCCCUACCACCACUACCUGUCAGCGCAGUGCACCAAGGACCAGAAGCUGCUGGCGGCUCGCAGUGAGGCCACGCUCUACCACGACCCGCUGGGCAGGGCCACCACAUCGCUGUCGGCGGACCUGCAGACCAGCAGCAGCGCGGCGGCGGCGGCGGCGGGAGGCGGCGGCGGCGGGCCGGACGUGCUCAUGGUGCUGAGGGCGGACACCAGGCUGCACACCAACACGGGCCGCGGCAGUGCGCUGCCCAAGCUGACAGUGGGCGGGGUGGUGGCGCGUGUGGGCGAGGAGGGCCGGCUGCUGUCGCUGGAGGGGCCCACAGCCGUCGGCAUGCGGCUGCAGGCUUCCAAGAAGCUGCGGCUGGGCCUGACGCCCACGCCGGUGCGGCUGGCGGUGGCGGCGGCGGUCAUGCAGAGCGCCUCGGAGCUGGCGGCGGGGCGGCUGGGGCUGGGCCGCGGCGGUGACGCCUGCCUGGGCCUGAACGCGGAGGUCAAGAUUAAGGACCUGAUCGACUUCACCAACAUUGACGUGCCGCUGGCGCGCAGCCUGCCCGGAGACUUCGCGCUGGGGCUCACUCGCAGCCCCGAGGGGGAGGUGACGGCGGGCUUUGGCUCCAGUGUACAGUACCGGCUGGGGGCACGUGAGAUGCUGGGGCUAAGGACAACCUUCGGCAACCGCGGCCGCGCCGGCCUCAGCCUCAGGGCCAAGACCGUGUCGGGCUGGUGGCUGGGCCUGGUGGCUAUGGCGGUGCCGCUGGGUAAGCUGCUGCUGGACACAGCCAGUGACGCCCUGAGGCGCUGGGGCGCGCAGCGGCGCCUGCGCAAGCAGCAGAGGCUGCAGCAACAGAAGCUCCGGCAGCAGCAGCAGCAGGCGCUGGAGCGGCAGCAGAAGCUGCAGCAGGAGCAGCAGCAGCAGAAGGCGAAGGGCGCCGUGCCGAAGACGGUGGGGAAAGCGGGCGUGGGCGUGGGGAAGGCGGCGGCGGCGGCAGCGGACGGCAAGAAGGGUGGGUCAGGCGCGGCCGCGCGGCUGGCGAGCGGGAAGCCGGGCGCUCGCCCCAAGAAGUAGCUGUGAUACGGUAUAAAGUGCGUUGCGCAGGGUGGGGUGCGAUGGGGCCGGCGGGGGCUUAGGGGUUAACGGGUACGGCUGCUUGUAUGCUGGCUUUGUUGUUGCAUGUGGACUACGUCCGGAUACGUGCCUGACAGGGAGGUGGCGUGAAGGUCCGGCGUGGGGGUCAGGCUGCAGGCAGGCAGGGCAUGGCAGGGCGGGGCAGUGUUGAACGAUGGGGUGCUUGUAGGUGCCGAGAGCAGAGUAGAGCGUGCUGUGUCACGUGCCAGUUCAGCGCACAAGGGACUCGCAGAUACUGAACCGCGGACCGGCGUACGUUCGCCUGGGCCUACGCCUAAUAUUAAGUGGAGCAAAUGUUACGUGCAGAUGCUUUUGUCCGUGUCUGCAUGAUUGUCU